AUGUCAUCCAACAAAGAGAGUUAUCUGAGAGAUGGUGUUUUUGCGUUGUCUGAUUCAAUUCGUGAAGAAUUCUCCAUCACAAAUACAAAAGAUGUAGGUGAUUCAAUUCGUGAAGAAUUCUCCAUCACAAAUACAAAAGAUCAAGGGUUUUAUUGGGCGAAAGGUUCUCCAGCAACGCGUAGGAGGGAUAUGAGGGUUCAUUGUGUGCCUGGUGGAAAGACUUCCACCGUUUGUAGUGGGGCAAGCCUGCAAGGGUUGUAUCUGGUGUGUGGUGGUGCAAGUAUAAACUUGCAAAGUAAAGAGAUAGAAAGGGUUUCUGCUAAAGUUUGGUGUUGCUCGGAGUCGGACUUUGAGGUUUUAUUGGAAACUCACAUCUCUCUGUAUGAAGGUCUUUUCAUUGAGGUGCUCAAACCACUCUAUCCCAAAAAAUUAACACAUCGAUGGCAUCUUCUCCUUCUGCUCCAGCCUUUUCUUCUCAGUCAUGGAAGUACGAUAUUUCUCUUAGCUUUAGAGGAGAAGAUACCCGAAAUACUUUUGUGGGUCAUCUUUACCCUGCUCUUGAACAAGAAGUUGGAGAACAAAACCAAGGUUGAAUCUUGGAGAAAAGCACUUGUGGAUGCAAGUAACAUUUCUGGAUGGGAACCCAAGCACAUUGCCAACGGGCAUGAAGCAAAAGCCAUCAAACAAAUUGUAUUAGAAAUUUCACAGAAGUUACAGCCAGUAACAUCAAGUUUAAAUGAGAACCUAAUAGGAAUGGCGGCUCGCUUGCAAGGUUUGAAAUUGGAGUUAGAAAUUGGGUUAGAUGAUGUUCGGAUGAUUGGAAUAUGGGGGGUUGGGGGUGGUGGUAAGACUACCCUAGCAUCCUUAAUUUAUGAUGAAAUUUGUAGCAAGUUUGAUGGUUGUUGCUUUGUUGAAAAUAUUCGAGAGGAAUCAGGCAGAUAUGGUUUGGGAAAAUUAAAAGAAAAAAUUCUUUCAGAAAUGGAAGUAAACAGAGCUGGAGGAGGAAGAGUCUUGAUAAAUAAUAGGUUUCGCCAUAGGAAGGUCUUGAUUGUCCUAGAUGAUGUCGAUCACCUUGACCAACUAAAAGCGUUGGCUGGAUCACAUGAUUGGUUUGGUGAAGGAAGCCGAAUAAUAAUCACAACCCGAGAUAAGCAUUUAUUAGCAGCACACAAAGUAAAUGUAAUACACAAUAUUCGCUUGUUAAACAAUGAUGAAGCUAUUAAACUCUUUUGCAAGCAUGCACCCCGGGAUAAGAGAGCUGUGGAAGAUUAUGAGCAUCUUUCAAAAGAGGUAGUCUCUUAUGCUGGUGGGCUUCCAUUGGCACUUACAGUUCUGGGGUCUUUUCUGUGUGAUAAAGACAUUAAUGAGUGGAAGAGUGCAUUAGCCAGAUUGAAAGAGAUCCCAGCAACUGACAUUGUGGAAAAGCUAAGAAUCAGCUUUGAUGGACUUACAAAGAUUGAGAAAGAGUUGUUCCUUGAUAUUGCAUGUUUCUUUAGGUGUUGGAACAAAGGUGAUGCAAUGAAGAUCCUUGAUGAAUGUGGUUUUCAUCCUGUUAUAGGAGUAAAGGUGUUGAUACAAAAGGCUCUCGUAACUAUUUCAGAAGAUGGAAAGUUUGAUAUGCAUGAUCUGGUGCAAGAAAUGGGACACCACAUUGUUAGAGGGGAACAUCCUAACAACCCUGAAAAACAUAGUAGAAUUUGGAAGGAAGAAGAUGUUCUGAAAAUAUGUGCUAUGGAUGCAAACACGGAACUUGACAUGAUUGAAGCAAUAAGAUAUGAAUACAAUAAGGAUUGUCUAGUACAACAUCUUCCUCCAAUUGUUGCAAACACGAAUAACCUUAGGUGGAUUCAAUGGGAAGGUGAUUUUGCAAGUCAUCUGCUUAGUAACUUUCCACAAAGGACGCUUUGUCGUCUAAUAUUGUAUGGCAGCUUCCAAAAACAACUUUGGGAGGGUUAUAAGUUGCUGCCAAAUUUGAAGACAGUUGAACUUUGGGCUUUGGAUAACCUAAUCGCCACACCAGAUUUGAUGGACUUCCAAAUCUUGAAAGAUUCAUUCUUUAUGAUUGUGGUAGUUUAG